AUGAGGAAACCUCGAGGAAAGGUUCAAAGUCAAAAGACACCCAAGACACUCUGGUCCGAUGCCUGCCCUCCUUUUCCUCCACCACGAGCAGUUGAACAGGUCCGGACUCCCGAACUGCAAGGAACGCAAGGCGCCGAGGUCUCCGAGCGGGCGCGGGCGAGCAGAGGUGAGACAACCCCAGGUGGACGCGGGAAACGAGCAGUGGACACGCCCCCAGGUGGGCGCGCGGGAAGGAAGAUGCCCCUAGGUGGACGCGCAGGGCGAGCAAGAAGCAAGAUGCCCCCAGGUGGGCGAGCUGGGCGAGUGGGGGAGACGCCCCCAGUGCAGCAGGGAGGAGGUCGAAGUGUCCCAGCUGAGUGCUCAGCUAUUGCAGGAUCACCAUACCUGAGGCUUCACACCUCCCUCAGUGCUAUCCCCAUGCUUCUGGUCACCAGACUGGAGACUCUCCCUGGAAUUGUCUCUGACAUUCCUGUGACCUCAUUCUCAACAUUCAGGCAUUCGAAAGUGACUCUGGAAAGUAGUUUUAUGGAAAAAUGGCUCAAGGAAGUGAUAGCUCUGGCGGCUAUCUCCACCAGAAUCUCCUAUGACCCCACCAGAUACCCCAAGUACCUGCCCGAGGCCUACUGCCUGUGUCGGGGCUGCCUGACGGGGUCCUUCGGCGAGGAGGACCUGCGCUUCCGCAGUGUCCCGGUGCUCAUGCCCACUGUGGUCCUGCGCCGCACUGCCGGCUGCGCGGGUGGCCGCUACCUGUACGCCGAGGACUACGUCGCGGUGGCGGUGGGCUGCACCUGCGUCCCUGAGCAGGGGAAGGAUGCCGCGGAGAGCGCCAACUCCAGCAUGGACAAGCAGGCGGGGAAGCUGCUGCGGAGCGUCCACGACCAGCCCGACCAGCCCGCCGUCCCCUAA